AUGCGUGAAGAGGAACAGAAAUCAUCCUCCGACGGAGAGGGAGAGGAAGUUCGAAAUCAUCAUCAUCAUCGCGAAGAAGAAGGUGUCGUCGUCGUUCUCGCGGAGAAGACAAAGGACGAAGAAGAAGAGAGGAAGAAGCAAAAUGAAGAAGAAGAAGUAAAGAGGACGACGAACGUUUCAUCGAUCCCCCCGACAACCAUCCCGCAGAAGAAACCAUCGAAUCAUUUGCACUUCCAUCUCCCGCCGUAUACUCUGGACGAAGAAAUCGCGUACGCGUGGGCGACGCAACCGUUCUCGCCUCGAACCGGCGUCGACGCCGUCUUCGAGUGCUGGAUGCAAUGCGAAAACGAGAGGUGUUUAAAAUGGAGACGGAUACCGAGGAUUGUUGGGAAGGUUUUAGAGCAAGGGAGAGCGGCGGUGGAAACGCAACUGGUGAAAGAUGCCGGGAAAGGGAUGAUUGCGAGGACGUGCGAAGACGAAGGAAACGAGGACGCGCGAACGAGGACGACUACAAAUACGACCACCGAAACGACGAAUGCGAGUAACAACAAAAGAGAAAUUUGGACGUGUAAAGACGUGGUGGACGCGCGAUACGAUUCGUGCGAGAAACCGCAGGAACUUUCAGACGACGACAUCGACCGGCUGAUGGCGGACGCCGACGAAGCGGCGGAGAAGGAGGCGCGGAAACAGAUGAAUUCGAAAGCGAUGAAAGAAGAGGAGAAGAAAAAACGAGCGUACGAAUAUAACAAACGAAAACGCGACGAGGCGAACGAGUUGAAGAUUCAAGCCGGGACGCACGAGAGGUUACCGAGCGGACACGUGAGGAAAAUCACAGAGAGGAAGGAAAAGGUCGUCAAAGAACCGCGAGUGAAGAAAGAAAAGGUGAGUACGGUGAAAGUACAAAAGGAAAAGAGAGGGACGUUGAAGUACCUCUUGGAGCAAGCGGUGGAAGGCGAGUUGUACGUGCCUCCGAGACUACCGAAUAAAUUCACGACGGAGUGGACGUUUGUAAAGUGCGAGAUUGCGUCGUGCGGCAAGCGGCGACGGGUGAAAGCGAACGAGGCAGUCGGGUUAGGAACGAGAGAUCGAUGGGUGUGUCCGUUGGGAGAGUACGGUGGUUUAAGUCAAUUCGCGAGUUGCGACGCAGAGGAAGAGUUUACGAGCGAAGAGAUUGAACAGUACAUGAAGACGCAAACGGAAGCUUUAGAACAAGAGAAACAGUUGAAGAAUUUGUUUCGAGAGUUUUGCGAACGGAAUCCGAAAUACGUCGUGGACGGAUCGUACACAACCAGAGACGGGAAAGUAGUCGUAGACGGGGCAAAGAAAGCGGUAAAAAUUACAGCACCUACUGUUACUCAUAUAGUACCACCAUCAGCGGUAGAAAUGGCGGCGGUGGCGGCGGCGACGACGACGACGACAACGAUGACGACAUCCAAUCCAUCGGAGGCGUCGACGCAAACGACUGAGAAUAGAAAGAACCUCAGCGCAAGCAAGUCAAGUAAGGGGGGUCAAGGCGAAUUAAUCAUCGCUUGCAUGGCGUUCAAAAAGGGCGACAUCACGGGCGAGCAGUUUUUAAAUAUCGCCGCGCAAUCGCCAUUUGGUGCCCUUCGCGCGUGUUUUUACGUCUUGUUUGGCGUCGAAACGAGUUCGAAUAACAAAGAGUGGAUUUUUAACACGCUCGCAAAGAGAACCAAGGACGCGUCGUUUAUGCCCACGACCAGACCUCGAUACAACAACGCGUCGCGGCAGAGCAAUGCUGGUAGUAGUAUUCAAGUCGAGACUAAAGCGAAGAAAACCAUCGACGAGAAGAUUAAGAAGAUGGUUGGCAAGAGCACUUUUAACGGUGAAAGCGAUAAAAGAGGCUGUUUGCGCAACGGGGCAUCAUCGCAGAGCGUGAAACUCGAAGUUGAGGUAAAAGAAGACGAAAGCGGAGUAAAAAUAAUAUUGACUCACGCCGAAGAAAAAGAAACAGAAUGGGUAGUAGAGAAGGUUAAAAUGGCAGUGGAUGUCAAGAAAGAAGACGAUAGUAGCGAGAGAGGAAACGAAGUAGUAGAGAAGGAGAUGACGAAGAAGAAAGUACACGGUUGCGGUGGCGAUAUCGAUAGGCAAGAACAAGCAAAGGGUGCUCUCAACGUGCUCAUCGACGAAGAAUCUCCCGAAGAAGACCCGAGCGUUUGGCCAGGGGCGCCGCACCCUCGCGUCCUUCCGGAACCGUUCGACGCGGACGCACAACUCCUCGCGACGAUCACGAAAAUACCACCAACCAUUCGCGUCACGUGUAACGAGCACGACGGCGUAUACCUCGUCAGACGAAAAAUGUUUCGAUGCAUGUGCGAGCAACACGGGUGCUUCAAAGUGUCCGGCGAAGGCGAUGGGAACGUGUUCGGAGGCGCGGAGUGGGAGAAACACUGCGGAAAAGGAUCCUCGAAAACGUGGAAACGCUCGGUCCGAAUCGUAAAGCCAGAGGGAAAGAAAGAAAUGAUUGGCAAUUGGUUGCAUCGAACAGGAUUGCAACCGAUGCCAUCGCUGUCGAUGAGGGACGAUCAUCUCGACGUAAACGUCGGCUUCGGUGGUUUGAAGAAGCGGAAAACCGUGAGUGGUGGAACGAAAAAACAACAGAUUCAGCAAAUCAUGAUGGAGGCGCUCCAAGAUCCAGAUCCCAACGAAAACUGCGUCUCUUUCAACGGUCUCUCGCUAAAAGAUUUAAUGCGCGCGUUUAACUUUAUUUUUGACGACGCGCAUAAGGACGACGAGGAAAAGAAACAGUUCAUAGUGCCCGUGCCGGAAACAUUCGACGCUUCGCUCGUUGGUCGUUGCGUGGAGGUAUUUUGGGCAGAAGAAAACGCGUAUUUUCCAGGCGUGAUUUCUCGAUAUAUCCCAACCUCCGAAGCCGAAGACGCGAAUGCAAACGCUAUUUUUGAAAUCACCUACGACGACGGCGACGUCGAAAAAUUGAAAAACUUUCAGAGCGAAAAAGUGAUUUGGUUUUCCAACGAGUACGUCCCAAAGAAGAGGUUAACCGCGGAAGAAGCGUACAUUGAGAGCGAGAAGAAUCUCGGCCGGUUCGCGUGCGUCUCGAAAGCGUGGCGAGUUGCCGCUUUGACAGUUCUGAAAGCGAGAGGUUCGCGAUCACUCGAAGACGCAAAGAAAGAACAAAUCGCGAGUCGACAACAAGUUGGGUUCGUUCAAGAUUACGUUCACCGCGCGGAUGUGAGAGAGGUAGCGAGCGAGCGUCAAUGCGAACCGAUUCGUGGUCACGUGUCUUUGAACUCCUGCUUCGCCGCGGAUGCCGAGGAGGAUGGAGGUCAAAUCAUAGAUGCCGACCCAUGCGAUAAAGGCAUAGCGAAAGAAUGGUACCCGUGCGUCGGUGAACGCAAUCCAAGACUGAAAUCCGGACGUGAUGUUCGCGAACAAGAGACGUACGGAUGUGAUUUUGUCACCGGAAGAGACGCUGUCGCCGUGCUCGCGGAGGCUUUGCCUGAAUUUUCCGACGACGAGCAUUGGGGAAUUUACGCAAAGCUCAUGAACCAAGUGAACGAAUCGUACGGAAAGAUGACCCCGGAUACUCUUGCGACGCAAUCAUUAGCGCUCGCCGCGGAGGAUCUCGCGGAAAAGUUUGAAAGAGCAAACAUAACGUCGCCAAAGGACGGCAUGAAGAAUUUGGCGUGCGCCAAAGCGCUUUGGACGUUUUCCAAGAAAGCCCGAGAGAAUCCAAAUUUGUUUGUCGUUCACAGAAAAGGCUACGGUGUGGUGAACAUUCGUGAAAAGAACAUACAGAAAGGCGAAUUCGUCGUCGAUUUCUUGGGCGAAAUCUACCCUCCUUGGGCGUGGAUGGAAAAGCAAGAUGCGAUCAAGCAAGCGCAAAAAGCCAAAGGACUGAAAGAUAUUGGCGCGCCCGAAUUUUACAACAUGCAAAUGGAACGGCCUGGAGGUGAUAAACACGGCUUUGGCUUACUCUUUUGCGACGCGAUGCACUACAACAAUUUUGCCGCGCGAAUGUCGCACUCUUGCGAACCGAACGUGCAAGUCAUUCUCACCGUCGUCGACGGUAAAUACGAAAUUCAUUUCUACGCCACUCGAGAGAUUCAAAAAGGAGAGGAGUUGUGCUAUAACUAUCACAGUUGCUCGGACUCGAUGAAAGAAGUCGAAGCGGCGUUUUGUUUGUGCGGCGCGAAGAAAUGCCGAGGGAGUUACCUUUCGUUCGUCGGUGAGAACAACAACUCGCAAGUGUUUGACUCGGAACAUCGGAUCUUGGAUCGAUACGCGAUGUUGUUGGACGCCAUCGACGAGGCGAAAGAGAAGCGCGAAGGGAACGACGACAACGAUGAAGUCGUCAAGACGCGAUUGGAAAGUUUAGGUUUUCGAAUUGGUUGCGGCAUUCUCGCCGACGCGCCGAAGUGGUUGACGAAUUAUUACGCGAAAGUUGCCUCCUUCAUCGAUCACGAACGUGAAACGUUGCCCCCGCUCAUUUACGAAGCCGCGAAGGAACAUCACAUCAACAGGAGGAAACGCGGGGAUCCGGGAUAUCGAGGUGAAUUUGUUUAUACCGAGAAAAACGCCGAAAUCGAAGCUAUGGCGGUAAGAGAGAAUAGAAUUCAAGCGCUUGCCGUGUGCAUGUCAAAAAUUCGUCGUUUGUUGACGUUAGGAGAAGGUUUCGAUUCACCGAAAUAUGGCACGAGUCCGCCGCCGUACGCGAAAUUAUCUGCGAAGGAGACCAUCGAAAAGUUUUGGUGCAACAAAAUCGUUACGGCGCCGCCAAAUGUUGCGCCAGCGGCAGAUUCUGAUGAUCCGACGACAACAGCGACGACGACGGCGCCGCCGCCGACGACGACGAUAGUAAAAGCAAUAUCACCAGUAAACGGUGGCGCCGGAAAGAAACGGAAAGGAAGAGGCCGGUGGUCGAAAGGCGCGAAGAAAGAAGAAAACGGCACCGUCAACGGGGGAGUGGAAAGUAACGCGCCAAAAGAUAAACCGCAUGAAAACGCGCCGAGCGUUGCACUGUUCCUUUCUCAAACCAUCGCGCAACACUCCAGACGCAAGACGCUCUCGCACGCGCAGCGCGAAAAGUACCUCUCGUUUCUCUCCUCUCUGGAGUUCAAAUCGAAAGAAAUGAUGGAUUUGGUGCCGGCAGCGGGAGAUGAAGAAACCAACGAAGACGACGACGACGACAACGAAAAUCGUUUACUCUCCAAGAAUCGCGCCGCGUUACUCUGGCUUCGCGACGCUUUACUUGAUCUCCCCGUAACGCCGUGCGCUCGUCACGACCUCUGCGCCGACAUCGUCCACCUCUUUGCCAACACCGAACAUUUCUACAAAUUCGACCAUCUCGCUCCGUGUUACCAAACGCAAGCGGGGAUACAAAUAGACGUCCGCGAAGACGAAGUGAUGGCGUUCGGCGUCGGUGCGCAAGCCGCGUCGCACAAAAUCGCCAGUUCGCACUCAAAGAAGUAUAAACACGAUUACAUACCAGCCGCAUUGCUUUCGUGGCAUAAACAAGAAUUGGCCGAUCCAACGAAGCUCGUCCACGUUUCAUUUAAAGGAUGCGCGUACUUGCCGGACAUUUCGUGUUGCUACGGCGUUCGCGCGGAAGCGAAGCCGAUCGUCAACGGAUGCGAUCUCGAAAAUCGAUCAAAGUGGCUCUCUUGUUUGACCGAGAAAAUAAACGAACCGUGGGAACCGAAAACGGGUCCUUGGGCGGGAACGAACGCGCAAAAGUUGAUCGGCUCGCCGAUGUUGGACGCCUGGAGGAAGAAGCAGUCGAUGUUGGACGAAAGCGUUUUAGAUUGGUUGAGGACGAGGAAAGCGACGGAUGUCAGUUUGCAGCACGUGUUGCAGAACGCGCAAUCAGUUGGGUACCAGAAGAACUAUAAUAACAAUCCGGCUUUAUACGAAAGCGGCAGAUUGCAGCAAGUCGAGAGAGCGUUGGCGGCGCCGAUGAACUUUGCGUCGAACGGCGACGACGAAGAACAAGGACACCUCAGCAAGAAAGCGAAGCAAGAGUUAGCUUCGCUGGCGCCGUGGUCGUUCGACCCAAAAGUCAAGAUGCACCCCCCGGGACCAAAGUCCAUGGAAGAUUUCUCGGAAGUCGCUAAGAAUGGUGGAGGACACAAUAACGAAAACAUGGAUGUUGACGAGGCGCACGUGGCUGUCGUUGAAAUCGCGAAGAAGAACGUCUUUGAGAAAAUGGCGAAAUAA